CAGGCCUAUAGUCCCAGCACUCAGCAGGCUGACACAGGAGGAUCACAAGUUCAAGGCCAGCUUGGGAACUUAGACUCUCUGAAAAUAAAACGGGCUUGGAAUGUGGCUCAGUGGUACAGCGCCCCUGGGUUCAACCCCAGUAUGACCCACACAAAAAGUUGAAACAUGGAGUUAGUGGUAGAGUGCUCACCCAGCUUAUGCAAGGCCCUGGCUUCCAUCCCCAAUGUACCCCCCCAUUUUUUUUUAAGAGAGAGGGGUGUUCAUAAUGCAUUAUCUGCUUACAAACAAAUCUAUAAUAAAUAAGAGGGAAGAAGAAAAAGAAGUUGGACAUGAUGGCCCAGGCCUGUAAUCCCAGCUACUCUGGAGGCUGAGGCAGGGGAAUCACAAAUUGAAGCCCAGUCUGGACAAUUUAGUGUCACCCUCCUUAAACAAACCAAGCAAACCACCGUGGACUCUGCAAAGAGUGACACCUGCUCAAGAGGCUCAGACAGGUCCUUGAGGAGGAACUCCAGAAGGUGUUGCUGUCAGCAGAGGUGCUGUAUGUGCUGUUUCCCCUGAAGACCUUCCGGUGCCACAAGAUAGGGAGCUGCAAAACUAGGGAAAGACUGAGAUGCAAGGAAUCCUGGAGGCAAGGGCUUAAUACAGAGUGUUCUGCCUAGAGUUUCCUGCCCUGGUGUCCUGGAACUGUUGGGUUGGUGUGCAGUUCACCCCACUCUCAAGUCAGACAGGAUCUUGGGGUUGCCUUCCCCGACGCCCUUCCAGAGUGCACAUCCAGUGACCUCUGAGAGACGUGGAGCUACCCCCAGGAUUCGUUGAUAAUGACUUCUAUAAAGGAGCAGGCAGCAAUUAGCAGGCUUUUAAGUUUCUUACAAGAGUGGGACAAUGCUGGCAAAGUCGCAAGGGGUCACAUCCUUGACAAUUUCAUUCAAAUCAACCAAGGCAAGACCGGCCCUGAAUUGGAGCAGGAGUUUUCCCAGGGAGCCAGCUUGUUCCUCGUACGCUUGACCACCUACCUUAGAAUCACCUAUAUGACUGGCUCAGGUUUAGAAAAGCUCCUGAGAGCCAUUGGCAUCUUCUUAUCAGCUGUGAGCAGUAAUCGGUACCUGAUAGAAUUUCUUGAGGUUGGAGGUGUCCUAACACUCUUGGAAAUACUUGGGCUAGAGAAGAUCAAGGAAGAGGACAAGAAGGAAGCCAUCAAGCUUCUGCAGGUUAUUGCAAACUCUGGGAGGAAGUACAAGGAGCUCAUUUGUGAAAGCUAUGGUGUACGAUCUAUAGCAGAAUUUUUGGCAAAGUCUAAGUCAGAAGAGACCCAGGAAGAAGUACAGGUUCUGUUGGAUUCUUUGGUCCAUGGUAACCCCAAGUACCAGAAUCAAGUAUACAAAGGUCUGAUAGCUUUGCUUCCCUGCACCUCCCCGAAAGCUCAGCAGCUGGCCCUGCAGACUCUCAGGACUGCCCAGUUGAUCAUCGGAACCACGCACCCCAGCAUCGUGGACUGUGUGCUGAAGGUGCUGGGCACGAUGCACCUGGAAGUCCAGUACGAAGCUUCUUGGGGUCUCUGCUCUUCCCCAGCCAUCGAGCUCAUAAAGGACCUGGUAGACUACGAUGUGCGCUUGCCGCUGCUGAAGGGCCUAGUGGCACUGCUGAUCCCAUCCGUGAAGGAGGCCUCCCAACAGCACCCCAAGAUCCUCACUGAGUCCCCGUUCCUGCCGCUCACCGUCCACCUGCCCGUGUUCCUGCAGCAAGCAGCGGCCGCCAAAGCCAUUGGGGUCCUGGCGCGCGGCAGCAUGAGCAUCGCCCAGGAGAUGCUGCACCUGCACGUGGUGCGCAGCUUAAUGGCUGCCAUGGGCAACACGGACCACAGCAACAGCCAGCGACUGGCCAGCCUCACGCUGCAGUUCUUCGUGCAGACAUUCCCAGUGGUGGAGGAGCACGUGCGCAGAUCCAUGGGGGAGGAACUAUACCAGCUCUUCCUCACUGCUGCUCCCCUCCAUCACCCACUUCCUGCAGGACCCCUGUGCCCAAGUCCUGACCUGCAACCACAGCUGGUUUCCCUCACUCCUCAGAGCUAUGGUGAAGACUUGUACAUGAAAAUAGACAGCAUUCAGGCGGACAUCCUGGCAGUCAACGAGGUCAAUGUUGCCCAAGCAUUAGACCCCUAUGACAUCUCCAACAGCAACUUGAGCUUCUUCUGUGGCCCUGGGAAUCCCGAUCAGAUGGCCUAUGCCACACACUUCCAGAAAGACGAUGCAGAAUCAAAAAAGUGACAGAGCUUCAGGAAGGGCAAGGCUGGGCGGGGCGGGGGGGUGAGGCCUGGGUGAGGCCCCAAGGCUAUUCCACCCAGCCCCAGUGGAAGGCUGGGGUUAGGCCUGCAGUGGGGCAGAAGAACAGCGGAUGGGAAA